GUGCCUUCUGAGUUACACAAAGUCCCGAUUAGGUCAAGCCUAAUAAGUAGACCAAUCUUCACACGGAAAGCAAAGCUUUUCUUCAGAGAAGAUCACCGAGGCUUCUAAUCAUCUCUCCACCGAUUAAGGGACAGAAAUCGACUUCGAUCAGCGCAUGCACCCCACAUCAUGAGCACCCAUUACCGCAACCGCCGCCUUUUCUCGAGCGGAGGUAGAACCGUGUACACUUGGAGCGAUUACACCAACGAAGUUCGACGUCUCAGUGAGGACCAUGACACCAUAGUCAUCAACACAGAUGGAGGAUGUUCCAACAACGGCUAUUCCAACGCACAAGCUUCGUACGGCGUGUUCUUCGGCCCAGAUUCGACUUUCAAUGAAUGUGGCGAACUACCCCACGACCUCAGACAGACGAGUCAGACCGCUGAACUCUAUGCUGCUAAGAUGGCUCUUGAGACAGUGCUCUCCAUGGUUUAUAAUUACGAAGGUUAUCAGAUGGGUGGCUUUGAGCGUGUCGUUUUGUUCAGCGACUCCGCAUGGCUGAUCAAUGGCAUUACAAACUGGAUCUGGACGUGGGAGCGGAAUGGAUACAGGAAUUCGAGUGGACGAGUAGUUUCCAAUUGGCAGUUGUGGGAGGAGUUGCAUAAUAUGAUUCUGGAGAUACAAGGAAACGGAUUCGAGGUGUGCUUCAUGCACGUGAACAGAGAGUCCAAUCGGGAAGCAGAUGCUUUAGCUAGGUCUGUGUUGUAUUGAAAUGUUGGUUUGCUGCUUUCUUUCCCUCUUCUCGAGGUUCCAUGUAUGGUUCAAGCAUUCUAGCGGAUACUGGCAAGUCUCCAAAACUGUCGUGCUCUCUCAAUCCAGCA